GGGUUAUGGUAUGGCUAAAAAUCUUGCAUUGAAAGCAACUUCAACAGUCUAUGUCUAUGAUAUCAAUGAAGCCGCUCUACAACGUAUUAGCACCGAGUAUCCCAACUUGCAAGUGGUACGUAGUGUUUCUGAGUUAGCUGAAAAGACAUCAACCGUCAUCACCAUGCUGCCCGAGUCUGCUCACGUUGAAAAAGUCUAUGAGGCAUUAUUACCAAACCUGGAUGGCUCUAGUCGUUUAAUCGACUCUAGCACCAUUGAUGCUAGUGUUUCAAAGGCUGUGGCCGAGAAAGUAGCUGAGAAAGGGGGAUCUGCAUUUGACGCACCUGUCAGUGGUGGAACCUUGGGUGCAGAUGCUGGUACAUUAACUUUUAUGGUAGGAGCACCUUCCACACAAGCUUUUGAGACCGUAAAGCCUGUCUUAUCCCUCAUGGGCAAAAAUGUCAUCUAUUGUGGACAAAAUGGGUCUGGACAAGUAGCUAAACUAUGUAAUAACAUGUUGCUAGGUAUCUCCAUGAUUGGUGUUUCAGAAGCCAUGCAUUUGGGCACUCAAUUGGGUAUGGAUCCUCAUUUAUUGGCUUCCAUCUUGAAUAAUUCUACAGGUCGUUGUUGGAGUUCAGAUACUUACAAUCCUUAUCCCGGUGUGAAUCCUACCGCACCUGCUUCUAGAGACUAUACAGGAGGGUUCAGUAACAAAUUGAUGGCAAAGGACCUUCGUUUAGCCAUGAAGGCUGCCGAGAAAUGUAAUACCACACCCGAGUUGGGUACAAUGGCUUCCAAAGUCUAUGAAAAGCUAUCCACAACAAAGAACUUUGACACUUUAGAUUUCUCUAGCGUAUUCAAGUGGAUCUCCCAAAAAUGAUGGAACAUUAAGUUUAAUAAAAAAUAUAUACAAUUUUGUCCACUCUAAUUUACAAUUGAUUUCUUGUUUUUGUCUAGUAAAUAAAUAAACCACUCCCGUCCCUUCUAAAGCGACACAAAGU